GGUCUUCUAUUUUGAGCCCCGGACCGAACGACGCGGGGCCACAGAUAGCAUGAUGGUGUUUAGAGUGAGAUUCCGCAUUGAAGGGCUGCCCGUCCAUGCCUGGUCAGAAGAGGUGCUGGCCAAGAUUGUCCCCAACUGCACCGUCCACUUCAUUGAGAGCCACUCCCGCCGCCAGGACCGAACGCGCACCUACGACCUGUGGGCAUGGUGUGCCAAUCCAAGCAAAAUCCCAAAGAAGGUACUGCUGACCAUUGUUGAUCCUGACAGGGAGCAAGACAAGGGAGAACUCCACCAGAACCUGCUAAGAGGAUACAAGGGGGCCUACGACUACAAGCUCCACAUCCACCUCGAUGUCGUCGAAGACCUCUCCUUCAAUGGUGGAAGUGGAGGGGAUGGGAACAGGAAGCCAUGGCGUGAGUUCCUCUGGAACUACGGGACGCCAGACUCGCAAGGUGAGCGGCGUCGCGGACAGGGCCACGAUGACCGCUACGGCCACGACUACCGUCCCCGUAGAGAUGACCACGACGACCACGACGACAACUUCAAUCGUGGGGUAAGAUGCCAGAGAAGCCAAUCCUCUUGGGGACGGAUGACGCGUUGCAGGGGAGGGGUGGACGACUGCUACAGCACCAACCGGCGCAGGGGUGGAAACAGGGGCUACUCCGGCCGCACCAGGGCGCUGACUCCACCCAAUGGAGAAGGUGGCCACACAAGGAAGGGAGGCCAGAAGACAACCUGGAGGAAGAAGCACACUGGGAAGAAGGUUACCUUUGUUGACCCCCUUGUCCAAUUUAUGGGCCACCCAUCAAAGGAAAGUCGUAUCAGGGAUAUGCUCGCAACAGCACAAGGGUGGCUGCCGGUCCUAUCACCAACCAGGGCAGGGAGAGGCAGAGAAAGAACUAGAGAAGGGAGGGCGGCAGACCAACAACAACAUACAGCUGAUUAACGAUAUGAAGAUGGCGGCAAUCAAGACCCUGGUGGAGCAAGGCAACCAGCCCAAGCGCAAGAAGCACGGCAACAAAGUUGCUCCUGGACCAUUUGAAGCAAACCAGGGGCUGGCGGCCUAAGAUUAUAUCAUGAUGAGCCUAGUCGCUUGAGUAGUCCCAUGUUUCCUAUGUUAGACAGAAGUCUUUUGUUCCCGUAUUUGUUUCUGUCAUUGCUGGUAAGCACUAAAAGGCUAGCAGGUUCGGCCUAGAACUUGAGUAAACUUAUUAGAAGUCUUUUGAUUCUGUUUCUAUUCCUAUCACUGCCUGUAAGCACUAGAAGGCUAGCAGUUUCAGCCUGGGACUUCAUUGGGAUAAUUUGGAGAAUUGCUAAAAUUAUCAUAAGUAAAAAUCUUAUUGUGGUGAUGUUAAUGCCUAAGAUACUAGCCUUAGUUGCUUCAGAAA